AUGAAUUCCCUUUACAAUUUGGCCUUACGUCAAUCUUCAUCAAUCCAGUCCGAUCUUACUUUAAUCGAAUCUACUUCUGAUCAUGCCUCAUCAUCUGCUUCUUUGGUCGGUCAAUUGACAGCAUCAUUGGCCGCUUUAAGUCGUACUGUAGACGAUUACGAAAACAUGGCAAAACGGGAAAUGAACGUACAAAAGCGGGAAAAAGCAUUGCAAAGAAUAAAGAAGUUUCGUGAGGAGGAGAAGGAGAUGCAAAAUGCGUUUAACAAAGUGAAAGCAAAGACAAAUGGUGUUGCUCCCGAAUCGAAAAGCACGAAUGAUACGAGUACGCUCCACCAAGACUCCGCCCAAUCUACUUCGACAUAUCAUCAACCGAACAGCAAUCAUCUUUCUGCCUUACCACAGAGUGCCUUACACUCUCGUGCUCCUACCUAUCAAUCCCUUCACAACAAUACAAACGGCAUCGCAAAUGCACAUGGCGCUUUACCACCUCAAGAUAGACCGAAUCCGUUACAAGCAUACCGAAUGAAUGCGUCUGCGGCUGCUAUGUUUGGUGAUCGUGAGCAUUCAAUGCGUGAAGGAUAUGCUUUACGCGAACAUUCGUUUAUCCAACAAACGGAAACUCAAUUAGACAGCUUCAUCGCUCAAGGCAAAGAAGUUUGGACAAAUUUAACCGAGCAAAGAGACAUUCUCAAAGGCACACAAAGAAGAUUGCGAGAUGUUGGCGUCACUUUAGGGCUCAGCAGAGAUGUGAUUGGCUAUAUCGAAAGGAGAAGUACGCAGGAUAAUAUCUUAUUUGUCGUUGGUGCCAUUUUCACGCUUAUCUGCUUUUAUUAUAUCUACAAGUGGUUCGGAUGA